GAUGUUCAAUGAAUCCGGAUGCAAAAAGGCUAUACGACGACCUUUUAUCAAAUUACAAUAAACUCGUAAGGCCUGUGCUCAACAACACUGAUCCGCUUCCAGUACGGAUUAAGCUCAAACUAUCACAGCUCAUCGACAUUAAUCUAAAAAACCAAAUUAUGACGACGAACUUAUGGGUAGAACAGUAUUGGUAUGAUUAUAAGUUGAUGUGGAAUCCCGAUGAAUACGGUGGUGUAGAAGGUUUACACGUACCAUCUGAACACGUCUGGAGGCCAGAUAUUGUACUUUAUAACAAUGCUGACGGCAAUUUCGAAGUAACAUUGGCGACAAAGGCUAUGCUUCACUAUAGUGGUCGGGUCGAGUGGAAACCUCCUGCUAUUUACAAGUCUUCCUGCGAAAUUGAUGUAGAAUUUUUCCCGUUUGAUGAACAAACGUGUGUGAUGAAAUUUGGCUCGUGGACAUACGACGGUUUUCAGGUGGAUUUGAGACAUGCAAAUGAAGUUAGUGGUUCACGAGUUGUAGAUGUCGGUGUUGAUUUAUCCGAAUUUUACUCAUCCGUCGAAUGGGAUAUAUUAGAGGUUCCAGCAAUAAGAAAUGAGAAAUAUUAUACUUGCUGCGAAGAACCAUACUUAGACAUUACAUUCAAUAUUACGAUGAGAAGGAAAACGCUAUUUUACACAGUAAACUUGAUCAUACCUUGCAUGGGGAUAUCAUUUCUCACAAUACUUGUGUUCUACCUUCCAUCAGAUAGUAACGAAAAAGUUAGUUUAAGUAUUUCGAUUCUUCUUUCACUGACCGUGUUCUUUCUGCUGCUAGCCGAAAUCAUUCCACCCACAUCACUAGUCGUACCACUUUUGGGAAAAUUUGUGCUAUUUACAAUGAUACUUGACACGCUUAGUAUAUGUGUAACAGUAGUUGUGUUGAAUAUACACUUCCGAUCUCCCACUACACAUGUAAUGUCACCUUGGGUCCGCCGAGUAUUCAUUCACAUUCUACCAAGAAUGUUAAUCAUGAGAAGACCUCACUACCAAAUGGAAAGAAAAAGUCUGAUAGGAACUUGUCAUCGAAUUAUGGUAAGAACGUGCAACGGACUUGAGCUUAGAGACCAAAAUUCAGCUGAUCAGUUGUUGCACAGCAAUGAUGUAUUUCCUGCCAGGGACUUGGAAAGUGGUGUAAUUGGCUGUUGCGAGAUUCACGGUCCAAUAAUAGCAUUACCCAGUCCUUCCGAACUAAACCAAAAUAGCCCAGUGCUUAAGGGUAGAAAACAUUGGCACGAUUGUCCAGAACUUCAUAAGGCCGUUGAAGGCGCGGCGUUCAUAGCAGAUUACAUAAAGAAAGAAGAAGAAGAGAAAAAGAUUAAAGAAGAUUGGAAAUAUGUAGCGAUGGUACUAGACAGGUUGUUUUUAUGGAUAUUUACAUUGGCCGUGACCAUGGGGUCUGCGGGGAUAAUCCUACAGGCACCGACUCUAUAUGACAAUCGGUUGCCAAUCAAUGUUCAGUUGUCGGAAAUACUUGCCCACACACCAACAGUGAAACAGAAUUAUAAUAACAUUAUGUAAAGACGAUAAUUGCUCAAUAUUGUCAACAUUAAACAAACCAGUGGCAUACAUCACUGAUUCAAAAGAGCGAACGAUAAAGUCCUACUACUAAAACUGCUAAAACUGAGCUAUAAAAUUUUUAUAUAUAUAUAAAUAUAUACGAGCAUUAUAGUAAAUAAAAUUCGGGACGAGGGACCAACAAAUCGAGGACUGCUGGUCGUAAUAUGUACAAUAGUGUCAAUUCUGAUAUUAGAUACUAUUUUUAUGCUCUCAAAAUUAGUAAAUCGAAUAGAUAGA